CCCCCGCGCGCCGCCAUGGACGCCGCGCCCGCGCUCCUGAGGGCCCCACCGGCCGAGGUGCUGGACGACGUGCUGCGGGAGCAGUUCGGGCCGUUGCCCCAGUUGGCCGCCAUCUGCCGGCUCAAGCGGCUGCCGUCGGGCGGCUACUCGUCCACGGAGGACCUGCAGUUGGUGCUGGAGCGGCGGCGCGUGGCCAACGCCAAGGAGCGCGAGCGGAUAAAAAAUCUCAACCGUGGUUUUGCCAAACUGAAGACGCUGGUGCCAUUUCUUCCCCAAAGCAGGAAGCCUAGCAAAGUUGAUAUCCUCAAAGGUGCAACUGAAUACAUACAAGUUCUCAGUGAUGUUUUGGAAGGAGCCAAAGACUCUGAGAAACAAGACCCAGAUCAUCAGAACUAUAGCAACAAUACUUCUGAACCACAUAUGUCCUUGGCUAGAGAGCUAUCGAGAAAUAUACCACACUCCGGUUGUGCUGUGGGCUUGAAGAAUGAGGAGGAAGGGUCCUGGGCAGAUGGCGGCAAUGGAUAGAUUCCCAGAAGUAGAACUGAGUCACAGGUUCCCUCAAGUAUGAAAAGUGAAAAGGCUGGCCCAGGGCUAUCUUCUACAAACAAAUAAAUGCAG